AUGUCGCCCACCGCCAUCGGCGCCGACCUGCCCCAGUGGUGCAGCAAGACGGAGGGCUGCCCCCAAGCGCUCCUCGGCUGGCUCUAUCUGACCCACGACCAGAACGAUCAGUGGGUUCCUGGCUCGGUAUGGGGUCCCCUGCCUACCGCCGCGCCGGGGACCGCCGCACCGCCGGCCGACGACGCGGCGUCCCUAGCCGAGCAGCUUGCAGCCCUGUCGCUCCGGCGGCCGCCUAGGCCUCCGCCCCCGGCCUACAUGUGCCACCUCUGCUUCAAGAAGGGCCAUUACAUCGGCGACUGCCCGCAGGCGCGUCCCAAGGGCGAGGGGUUGACGCCGUACCAGGGCAAGAAGCGGUGCUUCGGCGAGUACAAAUGUCCGAAGUGCAAGCGCAAGUGGAUGAGCGGCAACUCGUGGGCGAACAACGGCCAGGAGUGCAUCAAGUGCCGGAUCAACGUGUUCCCUCACAAACAGAGGCCACUGGAGAAACCAGACGGAUUGGACGUCAGUGACCAGUCCAAGAUUCACCCCCAACACCUCUGCCAGAAGUGUCGCUCCUUGGGCUACUACUGUCGCCGAGAAUAU